CCUCAAAGCAAGGUUUGUCCUCGGCGGCGCCUCAUCCCCCUUUCUUGUUGACGGUCGCCCUCGCCAGCAGCCAUGGAUCAGAGUGAACGUGCCUACCAAAAGCAGUCCGGUGUUCCACUGAACCGCAAAAAGGGCUUAAAAAAGAAGCAGCGUAGUUUAAGGUACACUCGCCAGGUGGGCCUGGGCUUCAAAGCCCCCCGCGAGAGUGAAAAGGCUUUCCAGAAGCAGCUCAAAAUCUUCAAUACUGCCAAGCCCGACAAGAUUAAGAAGGGCAAACCCAAGCGUAAAAACAUCAAAGUCGGGCUUGGCUUCAAGACUCCACGAGAGGCUAUUGAUGGUACCUACAUUGACAAGAAGUGCCCAUUCACUGGCAAUGUCCCCAUCCGUGGCCGCAUCUUGACUGGUGUUGUCCAGAAGAUGAAGAUGAACCGCACCAUCACUAUUCGUCGUGAUUACUUGCACUACAUCAAGAAGUACAACCGAUUUGAGAAGAGGCAUAAGAACAUGUCUGUCCACAUCUCGCCCUGCUUCAGGGACGUAAGGCCAGGUGACAUCGUAACAGUGGGCGAGUGCAGACCUCUUUCCAAGACAGUUCGUUACAACGUACUCAAGGUCACCUCUGCCCCUGGUACCAAGAAGAGGUUCCAGAAGUUCUAAAUAAAAGCCUGUGGAAAA